AUGCCUCCAAUCCUCACCGGCCCCAACGCAGUCGCUCAACCACCAGAGACCUCAUCCAUCGAUCCGCCACCUUCUCUCGCCUGGUCAUUCCGCCACGACAGCCAACAAUGGGAACUCGUCCCCACCCGUCCGCGAGAACUGUCUAGCGUCACAGUCACAUCUUCACGGACGAGCAUCGGUAGUUGCGGCAGUCAUGAUACCACCCGCAGAGGACUGGGAAGUGCAAGUACGGCGGCCACGAGCAGGGACGCAUCGGACGGACGCCCGAGUUGGGCGAAUGUAGGACAUUUGGCGAUGUUGAGGUUGGAUUCUGGAGUGGUGGAGGAAGAUGAAGGCCGGACGAUGGAUACAAAGUCGGUCGCGAAGGAGGUGGAAGGAGAGACCAUGCCGACAAGAGCGGAGUCGGAGGGUCAAGAACCUCGCUCGCCGCGGAGAGGCCUAACGCCAGAUGCCGCAGCCAAGCGCAGCGAAGAGAGGCAUCCCUACAAGUCAACUGCGGAGCGAGGGUUCACUCCGACGUACCGCUCUCUUCGCUCCUCACCACCACCCAUGCCACCAGUGCCGGAUCCAGCCCAAUGGGCGAGGGGUCAUGUCGCGGAGAGCGUGAGCAGACAAGAAGCUGGUGGUGCGGAGCCGCAGAGGGCAAGGAAGUCGGCCUUCAUUGAGCAUCUACCGGAGAACGCAGGCUGGUUCGGCGAGAAGAAGGCUGGUGUUAGCGAUACGACGGGAGUCCUCGCUGACCGGUUUAACGACAUUAUCUCUCGGAUAUUCCUUUAA